GUAUUGAUAAUUUUGAAUGAUAUCUGUUUAGGCAGAUAUAUUCAUGUCCAACCUUGAAAGAACAAAUUUAAAUGGUGCAAUCGACGAUGCAACUUGUGAAUGUCGAUAUGUCCAUAACACAUUUGUAGUGGGCAACAAUGAAACUUAUGCUUCACACUUACUCAGAUUAUUCAAUGAUGCACACACCAAUAUUGAGUUUACUAUGGAACAUGAAAGUGAUGGAAAGUUGCACUUCCUCGACAUUGCCAUGGAAUGCCUAGAAGACGGUAGUCUUCAGAAGUCAUUUUAUCGAAAGCCUACAUGGGAACGACAAUACUUACAUUUGAAUAGCUAUUGUCCAAAUGGCUUAAACACGUACUAGUCAAGACUCUGUGCCAUAGAGCGAGAAGAAUAUGCUCUAUAGAGAGAUUAGGGGAAGAAUUCGAGUUUCUUGAAACGAUAUUGAAC